AUGUUACCCCAACAACAACAAGCCUCUUCUUCUUCUCUCCAGGAAGACUUGUCAGAAGAAACAACCAAAAACAUCCUCAAUGAUAAUGUGAACAUCGGAACGAUUAGAUCUUGUAUAGCAAAGAUUGAAAACAGCGAGGGUUCAUCAAUUCAGGAAUUAGCAGAAUGUUGUAGAAUAUUGGCCGAUCUUGCAAGGGAAUUGAUCAAUAGAGAUGCCAUUAGAGAAGUUGAUGGUAUCCCGAGUAUUUGCCGAUUAUUACAGAAACAUUCCGAAAUACUAGAUGAAAGCAAAUCAGUGCUCUACUUUCAAUUGUGCCGAUUGCUUGGAAAUUUGUGUUUUGAACAUUCGGUAAAUGCUCUGAUUAUUUGUGAAGAGGAAAAUCACGCAGUUCCAGUGGUGAAUUUCAUUUGCAAGUUUGUUGAUUUUUCCCUUCAGACAAAUGAUUCAAAUCUUGGAAAGAGUGCAUGUGCAUGUCUAGCCAAUUUCUCCCAUUCGGAUGAUGGUAUUAGACGAAAGGUCGUCACUGCUGGUGGCGUCAAAUCAUUGGUUUCCCUUGUCUACAAAUAUAAAGAUAAUCAAGAGCCUGGAAUGCUCUAUCAUUCUUUGAGAGCUCUCGAAAAUGUUUGCGAUGUUGAGGAAGCAUGUGAGGCUGUGGUGAAACUUAAAAUUGACUCCAAAGAUGCCCUCGAUGUUAUCAUUGAUGAUAUUUUGGACAACCCGUCAUGUGAAGGUAACAUUUUGUCUGUUGCUAUUAAGAUUGUUGGCUUAAUUGGAUCGCACAAGGAAUUUAAUGACCUGACCAUUGAGCACAGUAACCUUAUUACAGCAUUGGAUAAUAUCAUGAUGAGAUAUAUUGAAAUAUCUGAAAUUAUGGAUGGAAGUGAUCAGGAAGAAGAGGAAUCUGUUCAAGAAAUUAUUACUCAUGUCAUUCAUCUCUUGGACGUCUCCUUAGUGAAGGUCAACAACAAAUGGGCAGAACUGUUGUUGAAAGAGUCUAAAAACUUUACGAGCACGUUGAAAAAAUUCGUACAUACCCACACUCAACUUCCUGCAUUCAAGCAACGAAUACAAGAGAAUGUUGUGGAAUUUCUUUCGAAUGUGGCAGAGAUAGACUGCAUGCAAUACUUUAUGGCCACCGAGCUCGAUUUAAUUCAACCAAUGGUCGAGUUAAUCAAAUCCAUUUUAAAAAAUUUGAAGGUCACUAGUUCCUCUAAAUUGUUGAGAUUUGUCGUCAAGCUGUUAGGCUUCUUAGCUCUUGAAGAUCGUAAUAUUCCAAUCAUGAUUGAAAAUCACGUGGUAGAGGCCUUCGCUGACAUUCUUUCUACCUUAUUCAAGAAUCAACUCAAGGAAGAAUAUCAAGAGGCAAGUCCAAUAGCAGUCCAAAUGAAUGUUUUCAUCCAAAGAAAUUGUUGUAUUGCAUUGGGAAAUAUUGGAAGAACAGAUGCCAGUUGCAAAUACAUUGUUUCUCAUGGAACAACUGUUCCUCUUGUGGAAAUGCUUUCUUACUUUGCCAACUCUGAAGAAUCUGAGAUUGAUGUCAGUUUAGUGAUCAAUGUUCUUUUUGCAUUUUCCAAUUUGUGCAAGUUGAAGGACAACCAAAGUGAAAUUGCCAAGAGACAUCCUGACAUUUUUGAAAUUAUUUACCUAUUGGCUACAAAGGCCUCACAUUUCGCUAUCUCUUUCUAUUCUCUAGAUGCUUUGGCCAACUUGAUUCACGGCAACGAAGAGAAUACUACACUUGUUUUGACCAAGUAUCCAGACCUUGUUUCUGGCCUUGUUGAACUCAUGAAAUCAAGAAAGGACAAGGUUAAGGUGUCCUUUGUUGUUUUGAAGUGUCUCUUCUGUCUCUUCAAGCAAGGCAAAAUUGCACCACAUGCCCUUUCACAAGACCAAGAAUUCAUGGUCAUCCUCCAAGAAAUGGAAACCUCAACAGAGGAUGAAAAGAUUGGUAAAUUAGUGAAUGAAGUGAAACAAGCUGGUUUUAUUUAA